AGUAUCGACCACUUUUGAUCUCGGCCGCCAUUCAAAUUUUGCGUCUUUCGAUGACAUCGCCUAACAUGGUUCAGCAGCAAUCCAUGAUCAAAGCUGUAUUCUUCGAUUUUAUGGGGACUUGUCUCAACUGGCAUGCGAGCGUGACCGAGUCUCUUCCUUCAUCGAUUCCCAAAACCGAAGCCUCGGAUUUCGCACUUGAAUGGCGCAGACAGUACUUCCUUGAGAUUGCUGAGCGGUAUCACAAAGGCCUCGAGCCCGAAGACAUUGACACCACUUUUGCCCGCGUCCUCGACCGCCUUCUCGAACAGUCUCCCGAACAUGUCGCACACUUCGACCCGGGUACCAGAUCGCGAUUGAUCAAUGCAUGGCAUUCUCAGCCUGCAUGGGCCGAUGUACCCAGGGCCAUUCAGAGUAUCCGCGAGGACAUGGGUCUCGAAGUGUUCGUGCACGCCAACGGCACAACACGGCUGCAGCUGGAUCUUGUUCGUUCUUCGGGGCUCAAUUUCAACAUGCUUUUCUCCAGCCAGCUCUUGGGUGUCUACAAGCCUAGUCCGGAUUCGUAUAAAAAGGCCCUAGAACUGGUCAAACUCAAACCAGAGGAGGUGGUCUUGGUCGCCGCCCACGCUUAUGACUUGCGUGGGGCUCGGGAGGUCGGGUUGAGGACGGCGUAUGUGCAUCGCUGGACUGACGACGUGGACGAGGACAUGGAGAAGGUCAAAUAUGAAUUCGAUGCCUUUCUAGAAGAUAUGACUUGUCUGCCUAGAAUUAUCGAUGGUUUUUCCAAGGGAGAGCCGUUGAUGAAGAAGGUCUAGAUAGCUCUCUGCAUGAUGUUGUGUAGCAUUCUUGAAACGCAGUAACUACCGCCAUCAAUCUUGUUGGAAUUUGAAGUUUUCCUCUAAAAUUUAUGAGUCCUUGGCUCUUUAUAACGUCAACUAAGUAUCGGUCUU